AUGCAAUUCAAAUCAUUAGCAAUUGCCUCCGCGGCUCUGCUUCUAUCUAGGAGCGCUUUGGCGGGAGCUGGCGAUGCUCAGACCCCCCUCGUCGGCCCAGACCGGGAUGCGGCACCACCAUCACAUUCGUCACGACCAAACAUCAUCUUUGUUCUCACUGAUGACCAGGACCUGCAUAUGAACUCUCUUGAGUACAUUCCUCUCAUCCAAAAACAGCUCAUCGAGAAGGGAACUCUCUAUAAGAAGCACUUUUGCACUACCGCUGUUUGCUGCCCAUCCCGUGCCAGUCUUUGGACUGGCAAGUUGGCUCAUAACACCAACGUAACGGACCUCAACCCCCCCUACGGCGGUUUCCCCAUCUUUGUCAAGAAUGGACAUAACGAGAAUUACCUGCCGAUCUGGCUGCAGGACGCCGGAUACAAUACAUUCUACACCGGAAAGAUGUUCAAUGCCCAUACCAUUUGGAAUUAUGACAGCCCCCACUUGAAGGGCUGGAACGCUUCCGACUUCCUCCUUGAUCCCAACACCUAUGACUACUGGAACGCCACCUUCCAGCGCAACAAGGACAAGCCAGUCAACCAUCUUGGAGAGUACUCUACUGACCUGGUAGCCGAAAAAGCCUACGGGUUUCUUGACGACGCUGUUGAGGCUGGCAAACCUUUCUUUUUGGGUAUUGCUCCCAUCGCCCCGCACAGCAAUGUGAACUCAAGUGUCCUUCUGCCAGUCAAGGGCCCAGACGACGAUGUUCCCGUAUCCGAUGACAAAUUUAGGACAAGCAUCCCUAAGGCUGCCAAGAGACACGAGAAGCUUUUUCCCGAUGCCAAAGUCCCUCGCACGGCCAACUUCAACCCGGACAAGCCAUCUGGAGCGGACUGGAUCCGCCGUCAGCCCAAGUUGACGGAUGAAAAUGUCGAGUACAACGAUGAGCAUUACCGUGGCCGCCUCCGAGCUCUACAAGCUGUAGACGAGUUGGUUGACGGUCUCAUCAAGAAGCUCGAGAAACACGAUAUUCUGGACAACACUUACAUCUUCUACACGACCGACAACGGCUACCAUAUUAGCCAGCACCGGCUGCAGCCCGGUAAGGAGUGCGGCUACGAGACAGACAUCAACAUUCCGCUCAUUGUCCGCGGUCCUGGUGUCCCCAAAGGAGGCGUUACUAAUGCCGUCACCGCUCAUGUCGACCUCGUCCCUACCAUCCUGUCCCUUGUAGGCGCGCCACUGCGAGCCGAUUUCGACGGUACUCCUAUUCCCUUGUCUAGCAAGGAACUUGCAGAAUCUCCUCUUACGCGUGAACACGUCAAUGUCGAGUAUUGGGGGUGGGCAAUCACCGAGAGCAAGUUCGGGUUUAACGGCGACGACACCAAGCGGAUUUUCAACAACACUUACAAGGGGCUUCGCGUAGUUGGGGAGGGAUACAAUCUGUACUACUCUGUGUGGUGCACCAAUGAACACGAACUUUACGAUAUGACUACUGAUCCUGGACAACUGCAUAACCUCCUGCAUGAGGAUGAGAGGUCAUUGGCCGCUCAUACCACUGUCCUGGGAUAUCCUCUCGAAAAGAUCAUUCCCAGACUGGACUCACUAAUGUUUGUCCUCAAGUCUUGCAAAGGGUCUACAUGCUCUCAGCCAUGGAGGGCACUUCACCCUCAGGGUAACGUCGGCAGUCUGCGCGAAGCUCUUUCACCACCAUAUGAUCAAUUCUACGCGCAACAGGCGCGCGUCGAAUACUCACGCUGCGAGUUGGGGCAUAUUGUUGAUGCCGAGGGGCCGCAGUUUGAGCACGAAGGAAACGUUUACUGGCAAGGAUCCAAGUGGAGUGACUGGACUUGA